UGGUAGAUUCAGAAACAUCCAUGCUUGAUCUUCCAGUUAUUUGUACCAUACUUGAUGGUUCUAAUACAUUGUAUGAAACGAAAUAACCAAUGAAAUGGUCGUUUCUUUAGACUCAAUAAUACUGCAUUCAAUUUGGUUGUAUAUUAUACAUUUAUUACUUUACUUAUAGAAUUUAAAAUAAAUAUUAAAAAAUUAAUCUCUAUCAAAGUUGAUUGCUUCAAUUUUAUUAUUAUCUAUGAUAAGUUCAGACAAAUUUUUAUGAAAAAACUGACAAGUGUAUAUAUCAUGUUGGAUUUUUAAUACAAAAAUUAAAUAUUAGGUUCCAUUUAAUUUAAAUUUAACUGCAUUAAAUUAUGGCCAGCCCUCGUACUCGGAGAGCUUUGAAUGAACUUAAACCUAAAGAUGAAAAUAAUAGAUGUUUUGAAUGUGGUACUCACAAUCCUCAAUGGGUUUCUGUUACCUAUGGUAUAUGGAUUUGUCUAGAGUGUUCUGGGAAACACAGAGGACUUGGUGUUCAUUUAUCAUUUGUUCGAUCUAUUUCCAUGGAUAAAUGGAAAGACUUAGAAUUAGAGAAAAUGAAAGUUGGCGGUAAUAAAAAUGCUCGUGAAUUUUUUGAAUCACAACCAGACUGGGAUGAUAAUAUGUCAAUAACACAAAAGUAUAAUACAAAAGCAGCAGCAUUAUAUAGAGAUAGGAUUGCAACAUUAGCUCGUGGAGAAAGUUGGACUCCUAAUACUUCUACAGCGAAAGAUUUUCAACCUUCAAUGUAUUGGGAGAAUCAACAAGACAAUUCAUCAUAUCAGAGUGAUAUAUCAAGUUCUUAUCAGAAUUUUACUUCAAGUACUUGUAAAUCACAAACAGAAGCCUUCUUUGCCAGAAAACAGACUGAAAAUGCUAAUCGCCCUGAUAAUAUUCCACCUAGCCAAGGUGGUAAAUAUGGAGGAUUUGGUUAUCAAAUGGAUCCACCACCUAGAAGUUCAUCACAGGAGUUUUUUGACACUGCAGUUUCUUCUUUAGCAAGUGGAUGGUCAAUAUUUUCUUCCUCUGCAUCAAAAAUAGCAAGUAAAGCUACAGAAAAUGCUAUGAAAAUUGGAGAAUUAGCUUCACAAAAGGUUCGUGAUGGUACUUUAUUGGAAGAUGUUGGAGCUCAUGUUAAUAGUUUAGCUGCAAAGGUUGGAGAUUUAGGAAGAAGAGGAUGGGGUGAUAUUGGAGGAAAAAAUUCUGAACAAAAUCAAUAUAAUUCGACAGAAAAUUAUCAGAGUUCUACUAUUUACCAAAAUUAUGAUGUAGCUCAACCUUAUUCCACUGAGAAAACAUCUUUAAUGAAAACAUCACAGUCAAAAACCAAUAUGUCAACUGCAAAUUCUUCCAACUGUGAAUGGGAUUGGGGUAAUGAUACAAAGCAAAAUGUUAGUGAAACAGUGGACUCUAAAUCAGUUUCAAGAAAACCAAGAAGUAAAGUUAAAGAAGGAGAUCUGAUCAAUUUUGGCACGGAUAAUAGUCCAUCCAAUUGGGAUUCGAAGUUAGAAGAUGAUGCAUGGGAAAUACUGAAAAAUUAAUUGUUAUUUAUUAAUUAGCAAAUUUGUAUUAAAGUUUAAGAUCUAAAGUAUAAGAUCCUUUGCAUCUUAUAGAUUCUGAAUUCGUAUGAACUAAUACAAGGGUUAUUAAAAGAAA